CAACCGGACACACCACCAUGGCUGCGCCCGCAACCCGACACCCCUGCCUGCGGCACAGCACCCCGGUCCUCCUGCUCCUCCUGCCCGCUCUCAGCGCGGCCCUCAGAUGCGCCAACCUUCGCACCCAACAGAGCACCUUCAACUGGGACAGCCUCCAGCUCCUCCACGCCAUGGCUCCCAGCCCGCCUCAGCCCUGCGCCCAACACGACCCACCUUUCCCCUUCCCCGACACCCUCCUGGCAAUCCAGUCCCCACAACAAGCCACCGCCGCCAUCCUCCGCGUCCUCCAGCACCUCUUCACCACUCUCAGCAACGAAAACACCCCCGCGCACUGGGACAGCCAAGCCCACCAACAGCUCCUCAACCAGCUCCACGACCAAAUCCAACUCCUCCAGCAAUGCCUCCCUCGCGCCGACGCGGAUGUCAAAAGCCAAGGGCCCCGCAACGCCUGGCUCACCAUCAACGGGUACUUCCGGCGCAUCCAGGACUUCCUCCGCACAAACCACCACAGCCCCUGCGCCUGGGACAAAGUCGGCCUCGAAGCUCGCGCCUCCUUCCAGCGCAUCCACAACCUCACCCGCACCCUGGCAGAUUAGCCACAACGCCUCCUCACCGCAACCGCGCAU